AGUAGUUAAGUAUUAACUAGUCAGCACCCUGUUUCUGUGAGUCGAGGUCUGUGUGAAGGCAUUGGGACGUGUGGGGUCCAGGGUUUCAUGCAGACUCAAAGUCUUUGUUAAGAGUUCUUUCUCAACCACAGUUAGAAAUGGGUGGAAUUCCAGCAACUCUACUCCUCAGCCUCUUUCUCAGCUUUGUUCUUCAGGUCAUGUGUAGAGAUGUAUUUAUCAAGACCGAAGGAGCCUCUCAGUUUUUAGUCAGAGACAAGCGAGCAAAUUCAUAUUUUGAGGAGGUGAAGCCUGGUAACCUGGAGCGUGAGUGUCUGGAGGAGAUAUGUGAUCACGAAGAAGCCCGUGAAGUGUUUGAGCAGCCUCAGACAACGAAACAAUUUUGGUGGAAAUACCAGGGCUGUGAGGGCACAACAUUGCCCAGAGAUGAAACGUCUAUAAAAAAGCUCAGAUCCUGCUUGAAUGCUUCAGGUGAAUGUUCGUAUGAAAAUGGAGAGACCUACAAGGAAGCUGUAUCCCUCACCUCGAGUGGAAAGGCAUGUCAGUACUGGGGUAGCAACUUUCCACACAAAAUAACGGAAUUCAACGCAUCCCUGGAUGAGUCAUUGCAAAAGAACUAUUGCCGAAAUCCUGAUCAGAGUCCCGAUGGACCCUGGUGCUUCACUCGUGAUCCCACUGUCAGAAGAGAGAGCUGUGCUAUUCCUAAUUGUGAAGGACCAUAUGCUCCUGCUCCCCUUCCUAUAGACGUUAAUGUGACUAUCGAUUACUCCAGUAAAGCAAACUGCUUACCUAACCAAGGCAAAGACUAUAAAGGAACCCUGUCUGUCACUAUGAGGGGCUUCACAUGUCUGCCCUGGGCUUCACCUAAAGCAGUUAAGAAGGCUGUAGGAAAAGAGUUUCUCCCUGAAGUUAAACUGGAGGUGAACUACUGCAGAAAUCCAGACGAUGACACAGAAGGACCUUGGUGCUUUGUAGAUUACCCCAAUGUCACCAUGGACUACUGUGAGCUGGAGUUGUGUGAGGAUCCCCUAGAGGGUGAAGAUAUAGGGGUAGAUACGACGCAAAUACGUCAGCGAACUGUGAGACCUGGACCUAGAAAACCUUUCUUCAGUCCCCGGAGUUUUGGCAGCGGGGAACUGGUGUGUGGACAGCGCCCCAUGUUUGAGAAAGUGGGUACAGCAGACAAAAAAGAACAGGAAUUACUCGAUUCUUAUCGUGACAAGAGAAUUGUGAAAGGGGACGAUGCAGAAGUUGGAAGUGCCCCAUGGCAGGUGAUGCUGUACAAGCGUAGCCCCCAGGAGCUGCUGUGUGGGGCUAGUUUGAUCAGCGACGAGUGGGUCCUCACUGCCGCUCAUUGUAUCCUCUACCCACCAUGGAACAAGAACUUCACCAUUAACGAUAUACUUGUUCGGCUCGGCAAAUACUCUCGCUCUAAGUUUGAGAGAGGUAUUGAAAAAAUUGUGGCUCUUGAUCAAAUCAUUGUCCAUCCUAAAUACAACUGGAAGGAGAACCUUAACCGUGACAUUGCUCUCCUGCAUAUGAGGAGGCCCAUAGAGUUUUCAGCUCGAAUUCAUCCAAUUUGCUUGCCCACCAGGCAGGUGGCGAAAGAUUUGAUGUCGGUUGGAUUUAAGGGUCGUGUGACAGGUUGGGGGAACCUCUAUGAGACAUGGUCAUCUUCUCCAAAAGUACACCCUGCAGUCCUUCAGCAGGUCCAGCUGCCCAUUGUCGAGCAAGACACCUGCCGGAAAUCCACCGCCAUUCGUAUCACAGACAACAUGUUUUGUGCUGGAUUCGCACCAGAGGCGAACAUAAGCGGCGAUGCUUGUGAAGGGGACAGUGGUGGUCCUUUUGUCAUGAAGAGUCCUACAGAUAAUCGCUGGUAUCAGAUUGGAAUUGUGUCUUGGGGUGAGGGCUGUGACCGGGAUGGAAAAUAUGGAUUCUACACUCAUCUUUUCCGCAUGAGGAGGUGGAUGAGGAAGGUCAUUGACGCUACAGAUGAUGAUGAUGAAUAAUGGGCUGUUUUAUGCUAUCCUGAGAUGUUCUCCCACUUCGUCCAAUUUGACAAAAGUGUGUGAAAGUGAGAACAGGAGUUUGACCUUUGUUUUGUGUUAUGAAUCCCAUUUGGUUGAAGCUUGACUGAGUGAAGAUACCAUCUAUGGAAUAAUAAAAAUAUUAAAUGAAAUGAAAA